AUGCCCCUCGAUAUUGAAGAAAUCUUGCGGCAAAAGAAGGCUGCAGAUGCCGCAGCUGCAAAGCCUAGGUUCAUCCCCAAGGCCGAACGAGAGCGACUAGCAGCUGAAAAGGCAAAGAAGGAGGAAGACGAGCAGAAGCGCAAGGCUUCCGAAGACGCACAGAAACGGCGGGAGGAAGAACAAAAAUGGGCGGCCAGAUCAAACGGCUCUUCAAGGCACAACGAUUCCACGAAUGGAUCAUCGCGCGUACCGACGGGGCCCAAGGCUAUGAACCAGGAGAAUGGGCGUGAUCGAGAUGUAUAUAGAGAUCAAGGACGAGGGAGAGGAAGAGGAAGAGAAGGUCGGAAGGGAGAUAAACAGGCCGCGGAUAAGCAGUCUGCAGAGGAUAUCGAGGCCACUCUUCUCCGGUCACGAUACCUGGGGCCCCAAGUCAACCAGCAGUCCAACUUUUCGGCGAAGAAGAAACGAAUGCGAACAACAGAGAAAAAGUUCAAUUUCGAGUGGGACGCUGAUGAAGACACGUCACGCGACAACGAUCCCUUGUAUACUCGACAGGCCGUCAACCACAAUGGAUCAUUCGCCGGUGUUGGUGGAGAAUUCGACGAUGAAGCCGAGGAGCGUGCUCGCAAGAGAGCUCGAAUGAUAGAGCAGAGAGAUCCAGAAAAUGGAAAAGAGAGAGCAAAGGGCAUCAUGGAAGACUUCUUCCGAGCACGCGACAAAGCGAGACAACGAGCUGAUCGAACAGGACUGGGCAAGCGAUGGACUGAAAAGUCUUUGGAAGAUAUGCGCGAGCGGGAUUGGCGAAUUUUCAAAGAAGAUUUUGGAAUCGCUACAAAGGGCGGUAUGAUUCCGAAUCCCAUGCGAAGCUGGCAAGAAUCGAAUCUCCCUAAGCGUUUGCUCAACAUUGUCGAGGAUGUGGGUUACAAGGAGCCGACGCCCAUUCAGCGAGCUGCAAUUCCUAUCGCGCUGCAAGCCCGCGAUCUAAUCGGUGUAGCUGUCACUGGUUCGGGAAAGACAGCUGCCUUCCUACUACCACUGUUAGUCUACAUCUCUGAUCUACCGCCCCUCGACGAGCUCAACAAGAACGACGGCCCCUACGCUCUCAUCAUGGCCCCGACUCGAGAACUGGUGCAGCAGAUCGAGUCUGAAGCCAGGAAAUUUGCUGGUCCCCUCGGCUUUCGCGUUGUGAGCAUCGUCGGUGGCCACUCUAUCGAGGAACAAAUGUACAACAUGCGCGAUGGUGCUGAGAUUAUCGUUGCUACACCGGGUCGUCUUAUCGACUGUCUCGAUCGACGAAUGCUCGUCCUAGCACAAUGUUGCUAUGUCAUUAUGGAUGAAGCAGAUCGUAUGAUCGACAUGGGUUUUGAGGAACCUGUUAAUAGGAUCCUCGAAGCACUACCAGUCAACAACGAGAAGCCGGAUACGGAAGAUGCAGAGGACGCAACAAAAAUGAAGCGUUAUUUGGGUGGGAACGAUCGUUACAGACAGACCAUGAUGUAUACAGCAACCAUGCCGCCUCAGGUGGAAAAGAUUGCGAAGAAGUACCUCCGCCGUCCAGCCGUCGUCACCAUUGGUAACGCAGGCGAAGCCGUUGACACUGUCGAGCAGCGUGUCGAGUUCAUUCCCGGCGAGGACCGUCGCAAGAAGCGUCUGCAAGAGAUACUUGCCUCGAACGACUUUGCGCCACCCAUUAUCGUCUUUGUCAACAUCAAGCGCAACUGUGAUGCUGUCGCCCGCGACAUUAAGCAGAUGGGUUGGACGGUUGCCACACUCCAUGGUUCCAAGACCCAGGAACAGCGAGAAGCUUCCCUCCAGUCAGUGCGCAACGGCGCGACGCAAGUUCUCGUUGCAACUGAUCUUGCUGGCCGUGGUAUCGAUGUUCCCGAUGUCUCCCUCGUCGUCAACUUCAAUAUGGCCCCUAAAAUCGAUAGCUACACUCAUCGUAUCGGCCGAACAGGUCGUGCUGGCAAGAGUGGUGUUGCCAUUACUUUUCUGGGUCCUGAGGACGCUGAUACCAUGUACGAUCUCAAGCAAAUCCUCAGCAAGAGCUCCAUCUCCAAGGUCCCAGAAGAGUUGAAGAGACAUGAGGCUGCACAGUCAAAACCAGUACGUGGUGACGGCGGAGCAUCAAGGAAAGACAAGGAAGAAGGGUUAGGGAAAGGAGGCUGGUAG